AUGUCCACUCCCACCGUAGCUGUCGCUAGAUACGCCCCCAUUGACAUUCGUGGCCCCUGCCAUUGGGCUAUCUAUAUCAGUGGCGGCAAUCUCAGGAAAGUCAUGUUGCAAAUUCACGAUGACAAGGGUGGCGCGGGCUAUUUUAUCGCACCACCUAUGUACGACAAGGAACCUCAAAAGUCCCCUCACCACUACGAAUCUAUUGUCGCCGGUACAUUCUUGGAAGAGAACUACGAGAAAGUGUUUGAAACCAUCAAAAGUACUCCCGUCGAUAACUGGGUUUUUGAGGCUCUGAAGCGUCUGAGUGAGAAGAGAUACCUCCAGUGGAAGGACGGAGCCAAGGAAAAUAUUAGCAAGAAAAGGGAAGAAAAGCAUUAG